AUGGGAGUCGUCUGCUCGUCGCAAAAGGAAAAGCUCGACGAUGAACAGAUUGAAGAACUUGCUUCCACCCUCAAACAACCGUUGACAUCAGAUAGAGAUCUCAAUUCGAAAAGUUUCGAGAGUUCCUACGAACAGGCGUCAAUGUUUAACCAAAAACGAAAAGUCUUUUCGUUCCGCGUGAUUGCCGGCGCCACUCAUUGCAAACAUCUUAUGAAAGAACUCCAACGUACCACUCACGAGAAACAAAUGCUGAGCGAACGGUUGACGGAAUUGCACAAAAAUCAUAAGGAGCUCUUCAAAUGCAACACACGC